AUGGACUAUAGAAAGUUGAAUGAUGCCACCAAGAAAUAUCACUACCCUGUGCCUUUCAUUGCUCAAAUACUUGAUUGGUUAGCAAGCCAAGAAUACUAUUGUUUCUUAGACGGGUAUUCAGGUUACAAUCAAAUCUCCAUUGUACCAGAGGAUCAAGAAAAGACAACAUUCACAUGCCUUUACGGGAUGUACGCAUUCAAGCGUAUGCCAUUUGGUCUUUACAAUGCUCCUGCCACUUUUCAGAGGUGUACAAAAGUGAUUGUUUUUACUGACCAUGCAGCUCUGAGGUACCUGUUUAACAAGAAAGAUGUCAAGCCAAGGCUCAUCAGAUGGAUUAUGUUGCUACAAGAAUUUGAUGUUGAAAAUAGAGAUAGGAGGGGGUGCAAAAAUCAAAUAGCAGACCAUCUAUCAAGAUUAGAGGAUUCGUCCUAUGUGGCUGAGCAGAAUCCGAUCAAGGAGGAAUUUCCAGAUGAGCAACUACUAGAAAUAGAGGUACAAGAUCUCCGAUGGAACCCAGAUAUUGUGAACAACCUUGUUAGUGGAGUGUUCCCUCCUUAUACUACCCCGCAACAAAAGAAGAAGCUAAUGCAUGAUGCGCGUUUCAACAUAUGGGAUGAGUUUUAUCUAUUCAAGAGAGGUGUGGAUCGCAUGGUGAGGAGAUGUGUGCCAGAAGCAGAGGCACACCAAAUGUUGGAUGCAUGCCAUUCAUCACCAUAUGGAGGCCAUCAUAAAGGAGAGCGCACUGUACAUAAGGUACUUCAAUCUGGUUUCAUUAGGCCUACAUUGUUUAAAGAUGUUGCAGGGGCAAUUAUCAGUGAUGGAGGAUCACACUUCAUAAAUCAAAUAGUGAAGAAUCUAUUGGCUAAAUACGGGUUGAGGCAUAAAGUUACUACAGCAUACCAUCCUCAAACCAGUGGGCAAGUUGAGGUAUCCAACAGAGAAAUGAAGCAGAUAUUGCAAAAGACUGUGAAUGCUCAAAGGAAAGAUUGGUCAGAGAAGUUAGAUGAAGCUCUUUAG